GCCUUCGGUAGCAAUUUCGCCGUUGCCGUCUUGACAGUCGGAAUUGUGCUUUUGCCGUGGACGAACGUUUAUUCCUUCUUACAGAGAGGAAGAAAGCUCCAAAUCAACAGAAAGUACUGCGCACGCUAAGGCAAAGGCAAAGGCAAACGCAAACGCAAACGCAAGUAAAACAACAAAUUCAAAAUCAGCUGAGAAACUGAUGCAGACACAGCAGCAGCGGCAGCAUAAAGAGUAAGAAUAGCGAAACGUGCGUUCAAAUUGGCAUAAAGUGUACUACAAAUCAAGGCGAAAAAUAAACUACGAAAAGCAGCGAUUGCCCGCCUCGUUUGCUCUCUCGACUCAACCCAUCACUAUCUGUCGCACACACACAAGGAGUUGUAACCCAUCAGCUUAAGAGCCCAAAGGCAACUAAUUCGCUCUGUAAUGGCGCAACUUCGUUCCCUCAACCCCUCACGUACAACGAUUCAGCUCGCUUACUAUUGCCGCAGCGCUGGCAGCGUCUGUAGCGGCAGCCGUAAUGGUCCUUUGGGGAGUGUAACCGAACUUUAUAGUCGUAACAACAAGAACAAGAACAACCACGGUACAUUUAGUCAGAAAAGAAGUUUACAUACGAUAUGCGCCGGCGCCAACGUCAACUCCAACGGCAGCAAAAAUGCUAUGCUGCGCUGGCAGAAUCCUUUCCUGAGCGACGUUCGUUGCCUGCACUCGGCCGCGCAGGACAAGCAGGCGCAGGUGUCAGUUGCCGAUAGGACGCAGCACGUCCAAUCAAAGGAGGAGGGCGUCAAGCCACAGCGUGACCCGCUCGACGUCAGCUUUAACGAUCCAAUUGCGGCAUUUAAGAGCAAAACAACAUGGGAGCUGGCCCGCGCAUAUUUGGUCUACAUGAUCUGCAGCAGCGAGAAGAUCGUUGAGUAUAAUAUGACGCUCCUAAAAGUCGCGCGUAGCGUGCUGGGCAGCAAACUGUUUGUGAUGCUGAUGAAGUCGACUUUCUACGGACACUUUGUGGCCGGCGAGAAUCGCCACACCAUUGUUCCCACCCUUGAGAGACUUCGCUCAUUUGGCGUUAAGCCCAUCCUUGAUUAUUCCGUCGAAGAGGACAUCUCCCAGGAGGAGGCCGAGAAGCGUGAAGUUGAAUCUUCCGUUUCGAGCGCGGGUGAUAAUGAAAAGGAUGCUGGCGCCCUGCCCCAAUAUCAUGUGGAUAAAUCUUUCGCUGAUCGUCGCUACAAGGUGAGCAGUGCUCGCACCUAUUUCUAUCUGAACGAAGCGACCUGCGAGCGUAACAUGGAGAUCUUCAUCAAGUGUCUGGAGGCUGUGUCGGAUGACGAUGCAAAAGAGCCGCGUCCUGUCUCCGACGGCGCCACCUUCGGAACCGGCAUCACCGCCAUCAAGCUAACUGCCCUCGGCCGUCCCCAGCUGCUGUUGCAACUGUCGGAGGUCAUAAUGCGCACACGUAAAUAUAUGGAGGCACUUGUCGGCGGUCAGGGCAAUGUGUUGACCCAUCAUAAGACCAUCAAGGAUCUCGAGAAGUAUUAUGCCAGCGUCGGCGACAACAAGGAUGUGCAGCAAUUCUUGAAGAAUGUCACGUCCGACAAGGAGGGCAUAUUGCAUCUGUUCCCCUGGUCUGGUAUUGUCGAUGAGGACUCACAGCUGAGCGACACAUUUCGCGUGCCCGAUCCACUGACUGGUCAAAUGCGUCGAUUGAUCUCACAAAUAUCGCCCAAAGAGGAGGAGAUGUUUAGAAACAUGAUUCGUCGUCUAAACACAAUUGUAAAGACUGCCGCUGAGCUGGAUGUGCGCAUUAUGGUUGAUGCGGAGCAAACAUAUUUCCAGCCAGCUAUAACGCGCAUCACUCUGGAGAUGAUGCGUAAGUACAACAAGGACAAGGCCAUAGUAUUCAAUACCUAUCAAUGUUACUUGCGUGAGACAUUCCGUGAGGUGGUCACAGAUUUGGAGCAGGCAAGUCGACAGAAUUUCUAUUUCGGUGCCAAGCUGGUGCGUGGCGCUUAUAUGGAACAGGAACGCGCGCGCGCACAGGCGCUGGGCUAUGCUGAUCCCGUGAACCCCAGCUACGAGGCCACUACCGAAAUGUACCACAAGACCCUGGCGGAGUGUCUCCGACGCAUAAAGGUUCUGAAGGAUUGUGGUCAGGAUGCACGCAAAAUUGGCAUUAUGGUUGCGUCCCACAACGAGGAUACGGUUCGCUUUGCCAUCGAGAAUAUGAAAUCCAUCGGCAUCUCGCCAGAGGAUAAGGUCAUAUGUUUUGGUCAAUUACUGGGCAUGUGUGAUUACAUUACCUUCCCGCUGGGUCAGGCAGGCUAUUCGGCCUACAAGUACAUACCGUAUGGACCCGUUGAGGAGGUGCUGCCAUAUUUGUCGCGUCGUGCCCAAGAGAACAAAGGUGUGCUGAAGAAGAUCAAGAAGGAGAAACGAUUGCUUCUCAGUGAAAUACGUCGCCGCCUAUUCCGCGGCCAGCUCUUCUAUACGCCGAAGGGCAACUAUGUACCCAUCUAAAGUGGAUGCACCGACAGAUGAAGACACGCCAUCCAUUUAUUUAUGUAAAUAUAUAUACAUA